GGAAGUGUCCGGGGAGCGAAUUCUUUGCGGCACUGACUGUAAUGUUAACCAGCGGUUAAUUUCGCGAAUCGAGCACCUACAUCAUGGAGCCAACUGCUUCUGGAAUGUUCUGUGGCAGGAUGCUCAGCAUGGUCAACUCUGAGGACGUGAACGCCAUCAUCCAAGCCCAGAGGCACAUGCUGGACCGCUUCGAGAAGACCAAUGAGAUGCUGCUGAACUUCAACGGCCUGUCCAAUGUGCGGCUCCAGCAGAUGAACGAGCACUUCCUGCACCACACACGCACGCUGGUGGAGAUGAAGAAGGACCUAGACAGCAUCUUCAGGAGAAUCAGGACACUGAAAGGCAAGCUGGCCAAGCAGUAUCCAGAUGUGUUCAGCAACGUCCACGAGUCUCCCAUCCUGGAGGACGACGACGACGAGUUUGACCCCGUCCCGCCCAGCACAGCCACCACCACCGCCACCUCUGAGCAGAGCACGGAGUCCUGCGACACCAGCCCUGACAUCAUCUCCCCCACGGUCAGCCGCUGCUCCGAGGAAUUCUCCCAGGAGCCACCGGACACUCCCACCUCAGAUGGCCUGGGCGGGGCGGUCUUGAGAGACGAGGGGCCGGAUUAGAUUCGGGAGGAGGGGCGUGCCGUGUGGAAUGCGACUGUUCCAUCUGGCUAAUAUACCAACCGGCUGUCUUUUUUCAUUUUAUUUUGCACUUGCCUUGCAAUGAUGUCAUCCGUCUAUGGAUGGUUUAAAGGCUAUGCAUGAAUCAUGCUUGUACAGGACUAACUGCUGAUGGAGAGAAUACUUGAAUUUUUCUUGUGGAUGAAGGUGACCCUCACAAGUGUUGUAGGACUGCUCUGCUGCUGGAGGUGUAAUAUUUGCUUUUAUGUGUGUGGAAGCCUUUUUAAAAUAACAAUUUACUAUGUUAUCAAUAACUAUUAUUACUCUUACAUGUUCCAUUGCAGUUGUUAAACAGAUAUGCAAUUCUUUACCCUUGUGGAGUUCUGCUUUUUCAAAGGUGAAGGUACUGGCAACCCCAAAAAGAACACUUUGCUAUUUGGUCAUCACUAAAAUGUCCUGUGUGGGAGCGGGAUCAUGGUUGGUCUCUUGUAUGUUUUUUCAAGAGUUUUGUGCGAUAUUUCUGUUAUUUAUUCUUACAUUUGUUGAUAAAAUAAAGAAGUGGCUCCCUUAGUACUAUGUCCCCAGAGACACUCAAGGUUUAAGACUAGUGUGUACUCUGUGACUGACCAGUGUUAUUUUACUAAUGUUUGCUUUUGU